UCCGUGCCCAUUCUCCUGGCGGCGGUUGGUGGGUCCGCAGCUGAGAGUCGGCGGCUGCGCGUUUACCUGUCUCCCCUGGAACUCCUCGCACUGGCCCACCUCAUCCCGACGCUGGCCUCACGGACCGGGGCGCCGGCCCGAGCGCUGCCUCGGAUUAGGUGUCGGUCGAAGUCGGCACGCCCCAGCUUGUCUCCCCGCGGCUCGGCCAGGUCCGGACUGCUGUCGCCUCGUCGCCAUGGCGCCCACCAUCCAGACCCAGGCACAGCGGGAAGAUGGCCACAGGCCCAAUUCCCAUCGGACUCUGCCUGAGAGGUGCUCCUAUGUUGGAUCUGGAGUGGUCUGCCGAGUCAAGUACUGCAAUAGCCUCCCUGACAUCCCCUUCGACCCCAAGUUUAUUACCUACCCUUUCGACCAGAACAGGUUUGUUCAGUACAAAGCAACUUCCUUGGAAAAACAGCACAAACAUGACCUCCUGACUGAGCCAGACCUGGGGGUCACCAUUGACCUCAUCAACCCUGACACCUACCGCAUUGACCCCAAUGUACUCUUAGAUCCAGCUGAUGAGAAGCUUCUGGAAGAAGAGAUUCAGGCCCCCACUAGCUCCAAGAGGUCUCAGCAGCAUGCAAAGGUGGUGCCAUGGAUGCGGAAGACAGAGUAUAUCUCCACUGAGUUCAACCGUUACGGCAUCUCCAAUGAGAAGCCUGAGGUGAAGAUUGGGGUUUCUGUAAAACAGCAGUUCACUGAGGAAGAAAUUUACAAAGAUAGGGAUAGCCAGAUAACAGCCAUUGAGAAGACUUUUGAGGAUGCCCAGAAGUCGAUCUCCCAGCAUUACAGCAAGCCCCGAGUGACACCGGUGGAGGUCAUGCCCGUCUUCCCAGACUUUAAGAUGUGGAUUAAUCCAUGUGCUCAGGUAAUCUUUGACUCAGACCCAGCCCCCAAGGACACGAGUGGUGCAGCUGCAUUGGAGAUGAUGUCUCAAGCCAUGAUCAGGGGCAUGAUGGAUGAGGAAGGAAACCAGUUUGUGGCCUACUUCCUGCCUGUGGAAGAGACAUUGAAGAAACGAAAGCGGGACCAGGAAGAGGAAAUGGACUAUGCACCGGAUGAUGUAUAUGACUACAAGAUUGCUCGGGAAUACAACUGGAAUGUGAAGAACAAAGCUAGCAAGGGUUAUGAGGAAAACUACUUCUUCAUCUUCCGAGAGGGUGAUGGAGUUUACUACAAUGAGUUGGAGACCAGGGUCCGCCUAAGUAAGCGCAGGGCCAAGGCUGGGGUUCAGUCGGGUACCAAUGCCCUGCUUGUGGUCAAACACCGGGACAUGAAUGAGAAGGAAUUAGAAGCCCAGGAGGCACGGAAGGCCCAGCUGGAGAACCAUGAACCCGAGGAAGAGGAGGAAGAGGAAAUGGAGACAGAAGAGAAAGAAGCUGGGGGCUCAGAUGAGGAGCAAGAGAAGGACAGCAGCAGUGAGAAAGAAGGCAGUGAGGAUGAGCGCUCAGGCAGUGAGAGUGAGCGGGAAGAGGGUGACAGGGAUGAAGCAAGUGACAAGAGUGGUAGCGGCGAGGAGAGCAGUGAGGAUGAGGCCCGAGCUGCCCGGGACAAAGAGGAGAUCUUCGGCAGUGAUGCGGAUUCAGAGGACGCCGACUCUGAUGACGAAGACAGAGGACGGGCCCAUGGCAGUGACAAUGAUUCAGAGAGUGGCAGCGAUGGAGGUGACCACCGGAGCCCCAGUCCCAGCCGCAGCCCCAGUGGCAGCGCCAGUCCCUUCCCCAGUGGCAGUGAGCACUCAGCCCAGGAGGAUGGCAGCGAAGCCCCAGCUUCUGAUUCCAGCGAAGCAGACAGUGACAGUGACUGAGUCCUUUCAGGGCUGGCGCAGACAUGAUUAUUAUGUGCAGGAAGGCACUUUUCUGUGGUGUAUUUGUGAGCCUUUCACUGUUUCCCUUCCCUCCUCCAACCCUUUGCUGUUAAUAAAACCAGUUUCUCCCCUU